GGCUGCAGACACGGUGAGUGAGGUGACGCGUAGCUGAUCGCUAUUAUCUUAGAUCUUCCUGAGGGAGACGCAUCACAUGCUAAGAGAUUUAAACUAUUUCGGGGCUUAGCGUGAGGCUUGGUUCGUCGUCAUAAUCAGCCCCACUUGUCAGGCAACCAGGCAAUAGGUCAUAGCUGUUUGUAAAAGUUGUAAUAAUAAACAAUCACAAAACACAACAACGAGUGACAUCUUAUUUUGUCGACGAUGUCCAGGCGCUCGAGAGCACGCCAAAAACGGCUAGAAUCCACCAAGACCGUCCGACUCGCGAAUAACUUUACGACUUUAAACAAUCUUCGGACAGGCGUCACUGGUAAAAUACAUCCUAGAGUGAAGGACGACGGUGGUAUGCUUUCUUCACCUCCUGAUCGAAAAUAUCAAAUUUCUGCCACGAUCGAACAGCUGUACAAGUCUGCACGAGAGUCUAAAAACGAACAAGUCCACUCCUUAGUGCCGCUCGCAAGAUGCAACAAUCAAAAAUCUACCAAGGGGGCUUUGUCUACACCAGCAACCACAACAUCGAUAAAUCCAAGAUACCUGGCUGCGGGAGAGAGUACACAAGGGCAAGACCAUACAUCUUGCCUACCGGAUUCCGGCGAGGUUGCUCCAGCCAGACAUGAUGCGCCAAAGGAGCUGGGACAUGCCUUUGCUCAUUUUCGAACUUCAAAUCCGCACCUUGGAUGGUCUGAGAUCCGGGAAGUGCUGCUUCAAGCACGGGAGGAGCGUCGCAUGAGCGAAGUUGGUUUAGGUUCUACCUCAACCAAAUUCUGGACCCUGUGGGACAUAGAAAGAGCACAAACUAUACUGAAACUGCGACAUUCCGCGAUGUCGAAUGGCAGUGUUACGACGAUGGAGCACGCGGGUAACAGCAACAUUGGAUCGAGCUUGCUACCUAGACCUGAGCAGGGACGUCAUCCUUACCUUGGACAUGGUGAUUGCGAUUUUGCUAUACACACCACGACUCCAGGGUUAGUUCGAACUCUUCAGAAGACACCCCAAACGCGUACUGCUCGGCGUAAAGCCAAACGACUCUUACACAUACGAAACUCUGAACUCGAAAGCCAACUAGGUCGUGCCUCGAGCCUUGCUAAAAAUCCGAACCCAUCGCCGCUUCGGCUGAGCCUCAUAAUCGGGCAUGAUGAACAGGACGAAGAGCAUGUCUUGGAUAGACCAUCAGAUGUUACCACGGAAGAUGUACAGCUAUUGCGCACAGGACCCAUUGAUGACGUUUUGGUGCAAGACAAAGAAAUAUUGCCAUGGAUUACGAUUCAACUCAAUGCACUCUCCGACUUUCCGGCGAGUGAGGGCGGUGUUGAGCGGCUGCUCCGAGUGCUGACAAUAGAGCAGAUAUAUGACCGCAUGCUUACAGUGAGCAAUUGGCGACAAUAUGCUAGACAGAUGUUCACUGUCCUCUACUGCGCCAAGAGAGACUUGAAUGCGCUUGAGACGCUUGACGCCUUGCGAGUUCAAAUCAGUCUGUCCCAUGGUUUUGGUCCAAAGCAUGUACCGGACGAAGCUGAAGCCCACUGCCAAAUGACUAAUAUAUGCUUCACCCUCAUGCUGCAGUCGCGACAUAACGCUCACACUGGACAAGUUCAGAAGAAGUAUCCUUUUGUAGGAUACGCUACAGAGUACUGGUCGGAACAUCUUAUGAAAAGUGCCUGCAAGGCGCACAUUGAUGAUCAAUUCUCUCAAUUGUUUUGUGGCCUAGACAACUCUUUUUCUACGUGGACUUCCGUUUGGAACAUCAAUAUCCGUGCCGGCGAAUCGCAACAAGACAAGCUGGUUUUCUCACUCUACUACGCCGCGCUUUUGGGACUCACGAAUGUUAUAGCCCAAAUUUGUGCACAUAUAGACUCUCGGGCGGACAUGGAUCUCGCUCAGUUUCUGAGACAGAGAGGCGGUAGUUACGGUACAGCCCUUGAAGCAGCUUCUAGCAGAAAUCACACCCAGGCGGUGGAACUGCUCCGCCAAAAAAAGUGCUCAAAUGAAUCUUUGAAGCAAAAGUUGUCGAUCACCAUUCAGAACAUUUGUUCUUCCUAAACUCAUUUCAGCAACGUGUAAGAUCCUACUCAUAC